AUGGCCAGCGUCCAUACUACGCCGAGUGGCAGGCCAAUCCGGCGCGGCCUGGGGAAUGCCUGCCAACUCUGUCGUCUUCGAAAGGUCCGCUGUGACCGGGUCAAGCCUGCCUGCGAGAACUGUCGACUGGCCAGGAUUCCCUGUGUCUUCAGUUCAUUGUCAGACCGCCCUCGAAGAACUGUCCACCAAUCCCAUGUUCAGAAGCUAGAGGUGCAGUUGAGGGAGAGAUGCCUGUCGCCCGGACUGACCUUGGCCGGGACACGUCUUUCAGAUCCAGGGAGAUUCGACACGGCGUUAGCGACGUUUCAAUGGCAUCUGAGUUUCUGCGACCUGCCUGAUUCUUUCGACUUGGCCGGGUUCUCUAAUGAACUUGUCAAAACUGUUGGACCCGUGGCUCCAAGUGAGCUAGCCGUUGUUAAGCCUAAAUGGCCGUCUUCUCAGCUAGUCCGGUCUGCGCUGGAAUAUUUCAAAAAAACUCAUCUGUAUUCGGUAUUUCCCGUCGUUGACGUGGAUGAGACUGCUCAAAUUAUAAAAGACAAUGAGCUUGAUCUAAACGAUGCGUCAAUUGACACCAGAAGUCGCGCCUGCCUAGGCGCCUUUACGGCGCUCAUCACUGGGCUUCGACGGGACGAGCCCGUCUUCGUCGCAGCUGGAGCUGAUCCCAUCGCCCACGUCAGGGCAGUCCUUACAUUACUCCCUGAUUUAGUCCUGCAAGAUAGAAGUCCACGAGCUCUGGAAACCUUGCUCAUGACGGCACUGUACAUCACCCCCAUGGGCGAACCCCAGACCAGCGAGGCCCUAUUGUCCCUGGCAGUGCGGAUUGUCUUCAAUACUGGAGCGAAUAGAGCAGAGACGGAGCGGAAGAGUCCGCAUUUGCGUGCUAUGUUCUGGCUCUUAUACUCAUUCGACAAGGAAAACUCACUUCGCAGGUCUCAGCCACCGCUGAUCCACGAUGCGGACUGUGACCUGGACCUCCCUUCUACCUAUCUCUUCGAGUACACUGACUACCAUUUUUUCCAAAAUGAGCUGUCUUCCCACGCCCUCCUGUAUCCAUCGGACCUGCGGAUGGCCCUGCUCAAAUCGCGAAUAUACCGCCUCCUCUACUCGGUCGAGGCCCAGAGGCAGUCAGAAGCGAGGCGUCUCCAGCGUAUCCGUGAGCUGGAUCAAGAAUUAGUUAAUUUAAAGGCUAGUUUUCCGCGCCAUUGCCAGCCAGACGACUUUGCGAAAGGCCUUGUCCCGGAUACACUGUUCCAUGACCUCAGCCUGCGAGGUGCAAACAUCCAUCUGGGAUAUUACUUUUGCCUAACCAAGAUCCACUCAGCUACUGCAGGUGGCGGGAUGUCACCACCGGCAUCUAGUAUAGAGCUCUGCUAUCAAGCCGCGCGCUCCACACUACUAUAUAUCAGGCGCGUCCAGAAUUGUAUUAUUCCAGAGACAUUCUGGAUUUACUUCCAAUAUCUUACAACCGCCGUUCUCGCUCUUUACCGGCGCUUACUCGUCGCAUCUGAUGUGUCGCAAGUUCGAGAAGAUGUGCAGAUCCUAGAAGACACAGCUGGUAUCUUUGCGAGGCUCUCUACUACUAAUGCGGAGAGGGGAAACUUUUUUGCCCCCUAUAAGAUCGCUGAAAAUUUUGUUUCCAAGAUCACGGCGCUGGCUAAGGAGUCUAUCAUGAGAUCGCCGUUGAACGGGUCCACUCAGGAGGAUAGGGAGACUUGA